AUGACAGAUACUAAAGUGGAAUCAAACCUAUACUCAACAUCCAAGCAUUUGGAGUCCAUGCCUGAUCGGGAAGGACACGAUGCUCCUUCUGUGGCAGACUUGAAGUCGACCUUGGACACAGCGGAAGAAGAUCCAAAUAACCCCCAGAAUUGGUCUUUGACUGCCAAACUUUGCACAUACCUAACCAUUUGCUCCUUCACAUUCCUCGCCAAUACCAACUCCAGCAAUUUUACCGUCGCGACCCAGGCAAUCAUCAAAGAAUUCAACGUCACCCAAACCCAAGCCGGGUCCUUGGUCUGUUUCAAUGUCUUUCUUUUCGGCGUGGGGAAUAUCUUCUGGGUUCCGCUGAUGCGGGUCGUCGGCAAACGCCCGGUUUACCUGGUCUCCAUGCUGCUGCUCUGCAUGAUAAACGUAUGGUCGAGUCGGGCCAGUAGCUAUAACGAACUACUUGCAUCUCGCAUUGUUUCCGGAUUUGCAGCGGCUGCGGCCGAUGCCACCGUUCCCGCAGUGGUUGCCGAUAUGGUCGCAGCCAAAGACCGGGGUCACUACAUGAUGUUUUUCCACCUUGCCAUGACAGCUGGUCUGUUUGUGGGUCCCAUGAUCAACGCUUUCCUCGUUCAGCAGCAGGAUUGGCGCUGGAUGUGCUACUUUAUGGCAAUCGCUGUCGGGACUAUUUUUGUGGUCUCAAUAUUUACUAUUCGGGAAACUUCUUAUCUCAAGCGACACCGAGAUGAGAGUAAGCGGACUCGUCUUCAGUGGAUGUCGUUGACUAUCGGAUAUAACCGGGAUGCCUCAUUCUUCCAGACUCUGCUGGAUAUCCUAGCCAAUGCUACUUACCCCCCAAUUCUCUGGUGUUCAUUCACUAUCGGUAUUUCCGUUGGAUGGAAUAUUGUCGUUCAAUUAACCUCCUCUCGGACUUUUACCAAACCGCCUUAUAACUGGAAGCUAGGGAGUGAGGGUCUUUUCCUGCUGUCGGGUUUCAUUGGCGCAGUGCUGGCCUUUUAUAUCGGAGGCCGAUUACUCGAUAUCGUCUCGUCCCGAAGUACCGCACGACAUGGCGGCAUCCGUAUGCCCGAGUAUCGACUACCUGCUAUUGUCAUCCCCGGUAUCAUUGGACCAGCUGGUAUUCUUAUUUUUGGACUGUGCAUUGCCCACAAAACACAUUGGAUCGGUCCCGCAUUUGGAUUUGCCAUGCAGGCCUUCGGUCUAGCCGCCAUCUCGAACGUGGCUGUGACAUACUGCCUGGAUUCCUACAAACCGGUAACUGGCGAAGCGUUGGUUAUUAUCUUCGUUAUUCGGAAUACUAUUGGCAUGCUGCUAUCUCUAUAUGCCGCGGAUUGGAUCGAGAAGCAGGGACCUGCGCCUGUGUUUGGUGAGAUGAUGGCGAUUCAAGUGGUGAGCAUUCUAUUUGCCAUUCCACUCUAUAUUUGGGGCCGUCCGCUGCGAGACUUCACUUCUAUAUAUGGACCGAUGAAACGAUUCCAGACCGCUUAG